AGCCUUUUACUACUAUGCACGAAAAGCUUUAGAUGAUGACGAGGACGAGGAGCCCUCGAAUAUCAUCACAAGAAAACAGUAGAUAAAGGCUGCCGAAAGUUCAAGUUUCCGUGGUCGAUGAAGGUUUUUGAAUCAUUUUACGAGAAGACAUCACAAUCACUGAAAAACAAAUAGACUUCUUUAUUUUGUUUUCCCCUGAACAAGACACCUUCAAAUAAUGUGUAUAAAAAAGACCACCUCCUGUUCCUGGGUUGGAGGUGUCGCUUUCUUUACUGGUGGUCGAGAAAAAAGUUGUUUGAACUUCAACUCCCAGAGCGCAGCGGAACGCUAAAGCCUGUCACUGUUCCCUUCCUGCGACAAAAGAACAAAGCCGGAAUAGGGUCUUCACUGUGUCGAGCCUGGGAAUAAAAUGGAGGGGCUGGACGAUCAUCUGUCUGCGCUGAAGACGGAAUGGGUCGUGCUGAAGGAAAAGUAUUUCUACGGAGAGCAAAUUGACCCGGUGUUUGAGGGGACGGUGCGGGAUUUUUGUGAAUUCGACCAAGUGAUGCAGGAAUUGUACAAAAACAUCGAACAGUUUAUGCGCAGCUGCGAGAACCUGUGCACGGGGAUUCUCAAGGUAGCGGAAACCGUGGUCCAGGGGAUGGGCAAAGAGAAAGACCCCCAGAUUGCGGCCGAAUCCUGCAAGCUGAAGGAAGCGGCCAACCAGAUCACGCGCGUGGAUGCCCCCCACAGUGCUAUAGCGAAGCUGCGCCGAGACAUGGACUUCAACAUUCUCAAUCCGAUGCGGCAGCACUUACUGAACAACCGUACUACUUGCUCGUCGACAUGUUGAGGACGUCAUAGUCAUUGAUUCCACUUUACAAUUUCGCAGAUUUUUGUCAUAUGGUUAUAUCGCCAUAUGUACCGUGCAAAAAACCCUCUUGCAGGGAGCAACAUCAUGAUUUAAUUAGAGGAGGGUCACAAACCUAAUCCUUAGGUCCGCACCGGACUUAUGGACCACCCGGCCGGAUGGUCCUUAGGUCCGGUGCCCCAAAAGUUACUUUGCGUAACUGCAACAGCUCAGUCCUACUCUGACGGCCGAGCUCUUCCGUGAGAUUCCGCAUAUAUUCAAGGGCAGAGCCACACUAAUGCUUGCGCGAGCUAUACUUCUCAGAAGGCUUGCACUCGCGCGGUGGAAUUGAUGAAUGCAAUUUCUUGAAAAGCAAAAGGCGGCCUCUAUAUGUUUUUACUGACGCACACUACGUUAGAGAAAACUGUCCCCACUACCCCGGUUUUCCCCAAAUCAAAAAUUUUUUUAUGAACUGAUGCAACAACACGGCCACCGGCCGCGCAGCCCGCCCGGAUAGUGUCCGCUAGUGGAUCUUCUUCACGGAUACUUUCUGAGGCUGUUACGUAUGCAAUGGAGCAAGCGGGAUAGCGGCGCGCAAAAGUCGGCGCAUGAGCUGACGGGGCAGCAAGCUUUGUGGAUGUGUGUAGCUACUUCGGCCCCAUCCGCGCGUGGGCUACUGCAACGCGGCCCCGCCACACUGGCCGCGCCCAACUUCUGAGGCUCCGGCCUCACCGUUUCCCUGGGGGUCGUGCAUGCGUACCUUUUCGGGAGGUUUCUGGUGCUCGUUUUGGUGGCCGAAAGUGCGUAGAUAGCUGCUUAGGGCCGAAAUCCCCAGCAUACGUUUUUUUUCUCGCCAGCGUGUCCGAACAUGCACUCAGGGAAACGGUGCCGGCCAGCCUCAAGCGGAGAAGACAGGUCCGCGGCAAGGGGCAUUGCGUUCAGCCUUAGGUGGCCGGGGGGCGGGUCUGGCAUGGGCGCCUUGCCCAGGGCGCUGCCUCGCGGGCCCCGAGCUGCUUGCGCCCCAAAAAGCCGGGCAAGGCGUGCAGUGUCUUUGAGUCCAGCAACACACCUGGGGGAGCGGGCUUCGGUCUGGCCAUUCGCGGCGCAGGUCGCUUGCGAAGGGCCCGCCCUGCUUACAAUUGGAUCGAAAAAAAAAAAUUGUCUUUGGGGAAAACCGGGGUAGUGGGGACAGUUUUCCCUACCGUACACACGCAAUGCCAUAGGCAGUUCUGGAUUGAUGCAGUGCACGAAGUUUGUUCUUUUCUAUGUAUUUGUGGGACUUUCUAUAUUCCCUUUCCGCUAAAAACAUCACCCGUUGGCCGACGUCGAUCGCGCAGGCACAGUCACAAUCAUGUCGGGAGCGGCGCCGCAAGAAAACAGCCAGUACAGCGCCAACAAUUGCCCAUCACUAGUAUUGUUCAUCAUCACCGCCAUCACCUCUACCUCCAAUCAAUCCGGAAACGCCGCCCCGGCGACGGUUGCGACGGCGGCAUCGGCGUUGGUUGCGUUGACACGGAGGAGGGAGAGGUGGUGGUGGUGACGACGCUGACGCUGCGCCGGCUGUUUUUCCUGCGGCACCGCUCCCGAUACGAUUGUGGCUGUGCCUGCGCGAACGACGUCGGUGUGCCUGCACGAACGACGUCGGCCAACGGGUGACGUUUCAUUUUAGCGGAAGACGAAUAUAGAAAGUCCUAUAAAUGCAUACACUGCAAUGCAAAAUCAAAAGCGAAACUUUCCAAAUAGCUUCAAAAACCAAAUAGAAAGUCCUUCCUAGUGCAUAUAAAGAAACUUCUUGCACUAUCUACGUCAAAACUGCCUAUGGCAUAGUGCCGCCUCUUCGUGCAGAAAUUGAAUAACAUGCAGAAUCUCGCGUAAGAGUUCUGCCGUCAGAGUGGGGCUCAGCUGCUGCAACUCCUCCUCAUGCAGUUACGUAAAGCAACUUUUGGGGCACCGGACCUAAGGACCACCCGGCCGGGUGGUCCGUAAGUCCGGUGCGGACCUAAGGAUUAGGUUUGUGACCCUCCUCUUAUUGUUGUUCGCCUAUAAAUAUUGGACGAAAUAAGUAGUGUGGUCUAUCAUGCUCCUCAGCAUCGACACUGGAGGAAAUUCUUCAAAAAGUAUAUCUUUAAAGAAACAUUACCAACUCCCGAUCGCACCGCCUCAGGCAACCUGAAGAGCAACCUGGAGCAGCGUCGGCGGCUAUGGAUGUGUCAGAGUUGAAAUCGACAAAGUUGAAAUAAUUUGUAAUGCAUAAAAUGCGACACAGAGACUGACUCUAUUGCUGAAGGCGCAAGGGAGGCAGAUUCUAGUGCUGGUAAGGGUCAAGCAUUGGGCUGCUGACUAGCAUGACAGGGAGCAGCCAUCUUGCCCUAAACAGCAUGACAGACUUGCUUCAGAGGCCAGGAAAAUUUGUCAUGCGCCGAUUGGAAACUGCGGGUCCAACUGGUAUAGAUUUUAUGCAUCACAAACUAUUUCAACUUUGUUAAUUUCAAUCCUGACAGUUCCAUAGCGGAAGCUGAUGGAGUACAAGAGCGCGAAAAAGCAGGUAGAGGAGCUGGGUAAGAAAAACCUGGUAUCAAGUGCAAAAAUGUCUGGGUCUGGAAGAAUGCAAGUUUGUCAUGCUUGUCUCGCAUGACUCUUAAAUUUGUCAUGCACAUUACCCAAGAGCCCCAUUUUUGUGGCAUGCAGAAACGCAGUUUGUCAUGCAGAAUAGGCAACACCUAGAAGCUCAGAAACUUGUCAUGCUGAGCCAGCAUUUGUGGCCUCUUCGUAAUACGCUACCCAGCAUCACAAGUUUCCAGACCCAGACAUUUUUGCAUUUGAUACCUGGGAAAAACGGACAAAAAGGUGAUGCAGGCGGACGCCGCCCUCACAGCUGCCAAGGCACAGUUUGUCGAGUGCGACCGAAACGUGUUUGAGUGGCUCUACAUCCUGGAUGAGUACAAGGGCGACAUCUUGGAUAGCACCAUCCAGACCAUAAAAUACCUCCAGUACGAGUUUUUUGCCUCGUCCGCCCACGCGCUAAGCGGCGUGCUUCCGAAGCGGAUGGAAUUUCGCCCCAUGGUCGAAAUGACGCCGGAGCACCUAGAAAACCAGGUCGACAUAGAGCUGCAGGAGACCGACCCAAACGAGGAAUAUCCUGUUGUAUAAGGAGUAUCGUACUCGUGGCAUCUAUGCCUGGCACGACACAUGAUGUGGUCCUGCUUUUAUUUUACCGUAAUCAUAAGGUGCGUGACAACUUCGACUUCCAUGCUUGUUGGUGGAAAAAUCAGACUUUGAUCUUGAUGUCAACAUUCUAGCGCGUGCGCGAUACAAUACUUCUUUGUUUCGCAAUUUAUACGGAACAAGAGGAGCCCAUAACAGAUUUUGGAAUCAAGCUCAUUACCAAGCUCGAACGGGACGGCCGUGCGGUAGAAGAGGAGCCGGUACAUCAUCUUUUCUGAGGUUAUUUUCGCUUUCAUCUCGAACUCGAUUCUUACUCCGGUGUUUUCAGAAAAGAGUCGUAUAUAUGACAAAAGAAUGUAUUUUUUCUUCUUGCAAAGCUAUAUGCAAGUAGUCGUGCACCAAGGCACCACUCGUUCAUGUUUUCACAGAAAGUCGCCGUCGAUCCCCUGUCGCUUUCGAGCUUGCUCAGCCAGGGAUUUGACGAAGCUGACGCCCGCCGAGCACUUCGGCUACACAACAACGACACCCAGAGUGCCAUGGAGUGGAUUCUGAACGGGGGCAAAACCGCGAGUUCGGCCUCUGAUGCCCAAGACGGCGUGCGCAUGCCCACCACGAUUCGAAGGAUACAAAAGCUGCGAAAAAAGAGAAAGGAUGAACGCGAAAAGCAGCGCGCUGAGAAGGCUGCGCGCGAAGGCGGUAAGAAGUUCUUGCUCCUCAUCGUGUCCGUCUUCGUAUGAACUAUGAUAUAUGAAUUACGUAUCAUUUGACCUUACUUCUCUAACUCUAUGAGGACUAGCUCAGGAAUGCCACUGCUGCAUUCACCAAGAAGUAAACACAACUGGGCUGCUGGACGAAGACAUGCGUUUUUGCUAUAUGUUGCUUCUUUAUCAUCUUUUGUUUCUUUAUUAUCUGCUGCAAGCACAUGAUGCAACAAACAGUUGACAACGUCCGCCAGCCUACAUUGGAAGAAAUGGCUCAGAAGCAACCGGCUGCGCCCCCUGUGGACUUGCUCUCGUAGAACUUUUGCUCUCGUGCUUUUCUCGUUUUUAUUUGCUCUUGAAGAGCCAGAAUAUAUUGCUCAACUAUAGAUGUUCAUGCUGUUGUUGGUACCCACCUCCUCGUCAAUUUUUGACGAGCCAGAUACUCAUACUGUUAUUCUUUUGGACCAUUGAACAAAACUACAUGCUCGUGACCAACACCCUGAGAAUGAAUUUACAGAUUGGAUACCACGCCGCCGACCACUUCCGCCUCUAGUACGUCACCGCCGAGCGGUGGGCCCCCGCCGGAUCUUCUUUCGCUGGAUUCCGUCACAGAUUUUUCAAAGCCGGUCACACGGCAAUCUGUGCCCGAACAGCGCAGCUUCGACCCAAACGACUGCGAGCUCCGCGGGCCCGGUGCGGGAUCGUCCUCUCCAAACACGCCUGCAGCAGCGACUGCUUCAGGAGGAGCCGCAACCGAAAUGUCGCGGGAGCAGCUCAUGGGUCUGUUGGCAUCGGGUUCGCAGCUCACCCCGACCCAGCUCGCACAGGCUCAGAAACUGCUUGCUGCACCUUCCACUGCACCAGGUGCGGUCGCAAGCGGAGCACAGUCAAGCAACGUGGCAGCGCCGGCUCCGGUCGCGGCGAGCGGCGGGCAGAAUGUUUCCACUGCCAGACCCGCCGCACCAACCGUCGCCUCCUCAAUCGAUGACCUGUUCUCCUAGCAGUAGCAGGGUGGUUUUCAUCCUCUCCACAGGAGCUGUCUACAUCACAGUGCCAGUGCCAGUGGAUAAGUUGAGCUACCUUCCUCCAGUUCUUGUGCAAAUAAGCUACGGUUGAGAGUCUUCAUCGUAGCUAGGCAAUAGCUGUCGGUCAGCGUUGCUCCAGCUGCAGCGUUCAAUGUUGCGAGUGGAAACUGGAAUACUAGUGCUCCUUGUCGCAGGAACGGACGAGGAUGAAAAAGAAAAACGUAUUUAUAAAAUUUUCGCACAGAAAUGUAGAAGAUGCGGCUUGUGGUCACCCGCGCCGGUUGUGCCACCUACUUUGAAUGUACACAGUCAGCGCAGGAGAAACAGCUUCGAUUCUUAUUCGGUGGUCGCUGUGGCGGUGCCCUCGUCCUCGAACCGCUAAUGUAUGAUGCUGAGAGGGUAACAAUUCACUACGCACCGGGGGGUCCUCUCUCUGGGUCUGAUUCGUGCGUCAUCCUUUCUGGUGAAAACAUCGCAGCAAAAAAACCGCAAAACCACUUCUGAGGUUGAGGAGCUUGAGCUUCAUUACUUUUUUACAAAACGUGCAACGCAUCGAGGAAAAUGUCAAAAUCAAAAUAACCCGUCUGCGUGUAGUAGCGCCUUAAUUGUGCAUUGUGGUCAACACUUCGCCACUGUUUGCGGUG